GGCGGCGGCGGCGGCGGUGGAGGAGGAGGCGGAGGCUGCUGCUCCUGCUCCCGCCGCCGCCAGAGUGGCAGCCAUUCCCGCGCUUGAGGCUUGCGGGUCAGAGGGGAGCCUGGGAGGCGGCGGAAGCAGCACACCCACUGAUGGAAAGGGAAAAGCUUGGCCGCGGGCGAGGGGGACUUCGGCUGUAACUUCUGACCAACAGCCUUCCCGGCUAGGACAAGAGCCGGACGCUCAGGCAGAACAGUGGCGGCGGCGGCGGCGGCGGCGAGGACGUCCUGGAGACAAGGCAUUGGGUCCACAAUGGCCACAGCUUUGCCCAGAACCCUUGGUGAAUUGCAACUUUAUCGCAUCCUGCAGAAAGCCAAUCUGUUGUUCUACUUUGAUGCCUUCAUUCAACAGGGAGGGGAUGACGUUCAGCAAUUGUGUGAGGCAGGUGAAGAAGAGUUUCUUGAGAUCAUGGCCUUGGUUGGCAUGGCUAGCAAACCUCUUCACGUCCGAAGGCUUCAGAAAGCUUUGAGAGACUGGGUCACAAACCCAGGCCUUUUUAACCAGCCUCUCACUUCCUUACCGGUCAGUAGCAUUCCAAUAUAUAAGCUACCGGAAGGAUCGCCAACUUGGCUGGGAAUAUCCUGCAAUACUUAUGAACGGAAUAAUAGUACCCGGGAGCCUCAUGUGAAGAUUCCAAAAUGUGCUGCCACAACAUGUGUUCAGAGUGUGAGUCCUGGCAAAUCUGAUGGAGUGGGGAAUUUAGUGCCGCAAAACAGUAGUGACCAGAGACUCUGGCAAGGACACCAUGGAACUGAGAGUGAGCACAGCCUUUCCCCUGCUGACAUUGGUUCUCCACCCUCCCCAAAGGAUAACACAGAGACUUUGGAUGCAGCUGCAGCUCUGUCAGUCACCGAGUGUGUGGAACGCAUGGUUUCCUCUCUCCCCAAAAGUGACUUGAAUGAAGUGAAAGAAAUGCUGAAAAUCAAUAAAAAACUGGCUAAGAUGGUUGGUCAUAUCUUUGAAAUGAAUGAUGAGGACCCUCACAAAGAAGAAGAGAUUAGGAAGUACAGUGCAAUAUAUGGCAGGUUUGACUCGAAGAGAAAAGACGGCAAACAUCUCACCCUUCAUGAGCUCACAGUAAAUGAAGCAGCUGCUCAGUUAUGUGUCAAGGAUAAUGCACUAUUAACCCGGAGGGAUGAACUCUUUGCUCUGGCACGGCAGAUCUCUCGAGAAGUUACAUACAAGUACACUUACCGGACCACCAAGUCUAAAUGUGGAGAAAGGGAUGAACUGUCACCAAAAAGAAUUAAGAUAGAGGUUGGAUUUCCAGAUUUCCAAGAUGCCAUCCAGAGUUUUUAUCAAGAAGAUCCAGUUAAACUACAGCAAGCAUUGUCAAAAGGGAAGUGUGAAGAGCUAGCAGCACUUGGUUCCCAGCCUGAAAAGAUGAUGGCCAAACAAAUGGAGUUCCUUUGCAACCAAGCUGGCUUGGAAAGACGACUCUCUACAGGUCUUUAUAGGCAAAGUUCAGAAGAAAGCAGUCCCAAUGGACUGACGCCAGAUCCUCUGGAUGGACAAGGUGAAAGGCCUUUAAAUCUCCGUAUAUCAGGUCUAUCAAACAGACACAUGUCACACAUUUCAUUAGAUGGAGAAGCUCCUGGAGUGAAAUCCCUUUGCAGUGAUCUGAGCCGACAAUAUGCUGGUGGUGAGGCAAAAUCACAAUUGCCAGAAGGUCUUGGUAUUUUGAAAGAUUUUCCUCACUCGGCUUUCAACAACUUUGAUCGGAAGGUCAUAAAAACCGAGCCAGAAGAUACAAGAUAGACAUUCUGCUGUUGGAAAAUAGUUCUUUCCAAAUAAAGCUUUGAAUGGAAAACAAAUCAAGCCUUAAUAACCAGCGUUGCCUCAUUGAAAAAAAGGGAUUUCAUAGCCAAAGCCUAAGAACUGGAACAGUCGCUAAGUGAGGAGCUGAGAGACAAGUGAAACUGCAGCACAAGCAGUGGGUGCAAACCUGAGAAAGGGGACCUCUACAUGGGAAAGGCUCACAAAGUAAUACUGUGGGGCCUUGUUAUUUAAGAAUGUAUUAUACGUGUGAGUAACGUAAUGUUUUUAAACAAGUGUCAAAAUAUGUAUUAUGUUGAGUAGAGGUGGCUGCCAUUAUUUUUACUUGAAAUGUCAGUAUCUACUUUCAAUAGUUACAAGUUCAUUUUUUUAAAAAAAAAAAACACCUUACUUUGGGUCAUGGGUAGAGAAAGGUGCAGGGAGGGAACAUAGUGUAAGACACUUAAACCGCAGGUUUGACAUGUUUAUUUUUUAAAGUGGGGAAAAAAAGCAAUUCCAUAAAAUGUUAUAGGAAUAUAGCAUUUAAAAGAGCUGACUGUAUUAUAACAGGCAUUUUAUGCUCAGUGUAUAACAUUCUCAGAGACUUCAGGAAUGUCUAUCUGUAAUGUAUUUAUUUACACUGUAUGCUUGUCUGCUAUUUAGGGAGAUGAAGAAACACAAUAUUGUUUCAUACUAUAAACUAAACAGGGAAGGAAGAAAUAAACAAAAAUUCAUACCAUGGAAAUUGCUUGAGUAGACAUUCAGAUUAAGAGUGGCAUAACACUUCAAAUGUUGUCACCAGUUUUUGAACAUUCCUUUAAAAAAAAAAUCCCUUUAAAAGUUGGAAUAUCUCCGAUAAAUAUAAUGCCAGAAAAGCAAUCCAAUGAAUUUACAUGCUGUGUAAUAAUCAGUAAAAGAGGAAUAGUGGAUUCCACUAGUAGAGGAGGAUAUAGGAUCAACUUUACCAAUCUUAUUGAUUUCAUUCAUAUAUCAUAUCCUGCCUAUCACAAACCGAUACAUUUUGUUUUCUAUGAAUGAAGAAUUGGGGUAAUUAUUUAUUUAAGGAGGGUUUCAUUUGUAUGAAUGAUGGUGCCCCAUUUGGUCCACAGUAGUGAAGUAACAUCCAUUUCUAUUCCAGGCUCCUGCACAUUAAAUAUGCUACCAGUAUGACAUCUAGUUUUGCAUAAGAAGAUCUCUCUAUUCAGGGCACAUAAAUUCUGAAGUUAUAUUAAUGCAAUUAAAUAAGAUUUUGUUCAAUCUUCCCCAACCUAGUGUAUGAUAGCAGUCAUAAUCCAGUAUUUCUGGGGGGCACUAAGUUGGAAAGAUUACUUGGGUUUAGAAAAAACUGAAUUUGCCUACAGUCGAUUUGUUGUGCAGGGGUGUAUGUGUUGGUAAUGGAAGUGCCGCAUAUUCUUGUUAAUCUUCUAUAAUGCAAUAUUGCUCCUCAUUAUUCGAAGAUUGUGAUCUACAUAUUAGCAGUUACAGAAUCAUUCCACAUACCAUGUUGAAGUUGUUAAUGUUGUGUGAGGUGAACCUUGUCAUUCUUCAAUUGGGCUCAAUGUAAAACAUGUUUUAGUAAUUAUCUAAUUUGAUUUGUGGGGAAAGGCUUAGUGAUAGAAACAUCAGCACAUCUUAUUUUGCAGCAAGAAAACUUGUUUUUUUAAAGCAAAUGUUUUUUUAAUUGAGUUGUACCAUUUGAUGACAAAAUAUAUUCCAAUAAGAAUGUGCAUUUAAUGGAUCAAAACACUACAUUUGACUUCAGAUGGCCAGUUUCAUUAUUGUGUGAAUUAAUGACAUUAAUAUAUGUCCAUGUUUCCAAAUAUACUGCUCAAUAUUAGUGAUAUCACAAGGUAUAGUAGUAAUAACAGGAGAAUAAGCACACAUAACUACCAAUAGGACAUUUGUUCAAUAAAAGCCAAUAAAAUGUGAUGUAAUAGAGAACUUUCUUUUUAGUUGUAUUGACCUAAUGUAGUUAUGAUAUUUUUAAAAAUGAGAUAUUUGCUUUUUUUAACAGUUGAGCAAAUCAUUUCAUGCCCCAAACAUAGACUGUUUACUUUGCUUUCUUGUUUUGUUUUAAAUUUGCAGUAUAUUGAAUAGAGCCAUGUUUAUUUCUAUGAAAGCAGGCCUAAGCAGCUUAGUAUGGUAACUAUGUUCACACAUUGUUUUACAUUAUUACAUGAUUUGCUUAUUUAUGUCUUUGUGUGGUCUGUGAGAACAGCCAUUGUGCUUUGUAAACGGUAGGUAAAUGGCUAAGUGUGAUCUGUGAAACCAGACAUUUGUAGUGUAUUCAACCAAUCAUAGCUAACAAUAUUGUGGAUUAGUGCAAUGUUGGAAUCCAACACUCAACUCUUUACUAUUUGAUGUAUACUAUUAUAGAAAUAAGAACUUGAUUAAAAUAUUCAGAACCCUCCACUCAAGUCUAUAAAGUCAGAAAGCACAUGGAGACCUGUCUGCAAUCUCACUUCCCUCAACCUCAAAUUUAUCUUCCAGGAGGAAGUGUGUGUUAUAAGUUCAACAUGCGCUUCUCUGAACGCACAUAUGAAAAGGCUGAGUCAGCCUUCCCCUACCUAAUGCCUUCCAGAUGAGUUGGACUAAAGUUAUUUUUCCACCUGAGCAAGCUGAUUGAAGGUGAUGAGAAUGAUAAUCCCACUUUCUAGAAGCCACUUGAUUGUAUUUUAAAAAAAGCCUUUCACCCUUUGAAGUUGAUAGGUUCUUUGUAGAAAUUAAAAAUGAAGAGAUCAGUUGAUGGCAAUAGAGCCAAAUGUCUUGUUUUUAAACUUUUUGACGGUGAUGGUGUAGUAAUUAAAGAGAUCUGGGGGGGAGGGUAAAGGAAGUGUGAUCCAUGUUUGUCUGCAUUUGUAUUCUUAUUUUCUGAAUUUUUUUGUGCCUUGUUGAUUAUAAAAUAAAAAUUGCU